GCAAACGUAGUCUCAUUUCUCUAGUUGAACGUCGAGAAAACAAUCCACAAUUUAAAAGUGUAACUAAGGAGUGGUGGCAGUAAUGCAAGUAGUUUUAAUACUAGUUCUCAGAAAAUAAUUAAUUCGCUAACAUUAUCAGAUUUAAACGUUGAAUUUUUUUGCUGACAAAGUCGGUCAACCGCUGGCCAAGAUGAACAAGAAAUUCUCUAUAUCAGAAGGCGCCAUCAGCUCUCAUAAAUGCUGCCUCUGCGGCCAUCUUCUAUCGGUUGCACCCAUCAUGUCCGCAGGAUUGGAAAAUGAACUCUACAAAUGCGGUAGGUGCAAUAAAGUCAAAUGCCAAACUUACACCAGGACUCGCCUAUUCGAAGAUGUAGCUCAGCAUUUAUCUUUCCCUUGUUCCUACACCCCAUGCGACAAGAAGGUAGCCUGGGGUAGUGUGGAGAAGCACGAACGAGACUGUCCCUAUAGAACCAUGAAAUGUCCGAUAUACUACCACAACUGUUCUGAUGUGGUUCGAGUGGAGAACCUUCUGGAGCAUUUCAAAGACAGGCAUUCGAAGAAUAUUAGACCCAUCGAUUCGAUUUGGGAGUUGAACAUCCAGUUUGACUAUGUAUUUCUGACUCAAAUAGACAACAACUGCUUUUUAGUGUAUAUUAUGCAUUUGGAAGAGAUCUUUUCAAUAUCAGUACUGGCUACUGGGCGUAGCAAAUAUAGCAACUUCAGUGUGAAGUUACUGCCUUCUACAGAUGAUAAGUUUGCUGUAUACUUCGAUGAUUUGCCGGUAGUUCGCUACGAUGAGCGAUCGCAUUGUUACAUGUGUAUCAGAAAAAAGUGCAACGAGCCACACCACCCUUUUGCGAAAAGGAACAGUAGUGGUGAAAUUGAUUUAAGUGCAUUUGCCAGCAAACUUAAGAAGGAAUUAAUUGACAGCGUGAAAGCCCCCGAUGGAAACUUAAGGUACCGUAUAACACUCAAAGCGAAUGAAACUAGCUCCGAGCAUCAUGGGCAACCCACCGAAGAAGAAGAGGAAAAGGAAGAAUGUGAAGAAGAGGAACUAUGCGCAAACAUUAGCAACAUUCCAGCCGAUGUCAAUGGAGAGGUUCUGAGAAGAGUUCUCAGUUGUCCAUACUGCAUGACAUACAUGGCAGCUCCGAUUUUCACAUGCACCAUUGGUCACACCAUCUGCAAUGUUUGCAGACCACGACUGGAGAAGUGUCCUUCGUGUGCAGAGCCUUUAGGUAGAUCAAGGAACUAUGCCCUGGAAGAGAUAACUAAGGAUGCUAGAGUGCCUUGCCAGUACGACUCUAAGGGGUGUACCUUCGCAGGAAGUACCACAAAAAUGUAUAUUCACGAACAGGAGUGUUCCUUUAGUAAUUUGCUGAGGGAGUAGUUUUGAGGCGUUCAGAAAGGCCAAUUUGAAUGCAAAAUAAAAAAACAUGUCUUUAGAAUUAGAGGAAACAUAUUUUUUAUACCUAUUAUAUAUAUAUUUUUAUAAUUACUUUUUCCAGUUUUAUGGCGUUUAAAAAAUGUUAUGAUAAUUCUCAAAUUUACUAUUAA